AUGGAGGUGCUGGAGCAUCAGCCACAGUGGAACCAGAACAUCCUGGUUCAGCGAUUGCAAAGCAUGGCCACGCAUGAGGAUGGCUAUGCCGUGGCCGCAGCGGUCGAAAAGUUUGUCACAUCCUCCAAGUGGAAGGUGCGCCGUGCCGCGUGGCGCAUUUUGGGCAGCGUCCCAGACUGCGCCUGGCAGAGUUUCCUGCAGUGCAUGGAGUACCAGGAACCAGGCGUUCGCCGCGAUGCCAUCACGGGGCUCAGGUUCUGGGUUGUUCCUGCUGAGCACGAGCAAGAGGUCUGUGAAGUGAUUGCCGGUUCCUUGGAGGACAGCGCGGUGGAGGUGCGCAUGGCAGCCAUGGAGGUGAUGCAGGACAUGAAUCCUGGAGAUGAGGAGGUGCCCCGGGCUGCUGCAACGUCUCCGGCGUCUCGGGAUAUCAAUGGAGAUGACCAGGAACGACUAUUGUAA